ACUAGCAAAGUCCUGGCCCACCCUCAACAUGUUGAUCAAGAUUAUUGGUAACUCAGUGGGAGCUUUAGGAAAUCUAACUUUGGUGCUGGCCAUCAUCGUCUUCAUCUUUGCCGUGGUGGGUAUGCAGCUCUUUGGCAAAAACUACAAGGAAUGUGUGUGCAAGAUCUCCACAGAGUGCGAGCUGCCACGCUGGCACAUGAACGACUUCUUCCACUCAUUCCUCAUCGUGUUCCGCAUCCUGUGCGGGGAGUGGAUCGAGACCAUGUGGGACUGCAUGGAGGUGGCCGGAACUGGGAUGUGUUUAGUCGUCUUCAUGAUGGUUAUGGUCAUUGGAAAUCUAGUGGUGCUGAACCUCUUCCUGGCCUUACUGCUCAGCUCAUUCAGCGGAGACAAUCUCUCAACAGACGAAGACGGAGAGAUGAACAAUCUCCAGAUCGCCAUUGGCAGGAUCACACGAGGCAUUGACUGGUUCAAAGCGUUCCUCGUUCGAUCCAUCCUCCAGAUUAUCAAUAAAAAGCCCAAGGACAAUGAGGAGGGUCCGAAUGAAGACGAGGACCCUAAAACUGAGGGAAUUGAAAUGAACCACUUUGACUCCAGUCAACAUUUCAAAAUGGCUGAUGGGAUACCUAAUUGUUUGGUUGAAUGUGGGCCUUCUGGAUUAAUUGUGGAUGGAGAGUUCAGUCUAAAUGUGCCAAUUGCUCAGGGAGAGUCAGACUUUGAAAACAUGGAUGAGGAUGAUACUGAUGAUGUUGAUGAUGCUGAUGACUCAGAGUUUUCAGAUGAAGAACAUAAUCCACAUUAUUCGGAAAAAUAUAAAGAUGUUCAUUGUUUACUGGGAAAUAUCAAACUGAUGGGUGCUUUGAAUGAUGGGGAUUCCUCAGUGUGUAGCACAGUGGACUAUCAACCACCUGAGCCUGAGCCAGAAGAAGUGGAAGAGGAAGAACCAGACCCCGUAGAGCCGGAAGCCUGCUUCACUGACAGCUGUAUUAAGCGCUGGCCAUGUCUGACUGUGGACAUAACCCAGGGUAGAGGCAAAAAAUGGUGGAACCUCAGGAGGGCUUGCUUUACUAUUGUGGAGCAUGACUGGUUUGAAACCUUUAUAAUCUUCAUGAUCCUCUUGAGCAGCGGGGCUUUGGCAUUUGAAGACAUAUACAUAGAAAGACGCCGCACCAUCAAAAUUAUUCUGGAGUAUGCUGACAAAGUUUUCACCUACGUCUUUAUCAUCGAGAUGCUGCUUAAAUGGGUCGCGUACGGCUUUAAGACCUACUUCACUAACGCCUGGUGUUGGUUAGACUUUUUCAUUGUAGAUAUUUCCCUGAUUAGUUUAGCUGCCAGCUUUAUGGGAUUCUCUGACCUUGGACCAAUCAAAUCCCUCCGGACUCUCAGGGCCCUAAGGCCUCUUCGAGCGCUGUCAAGAUUUGAAGGCAUGAGGGUGGUGGUGAACGCUCUCGUUGGUGCUAUUCCCUCCAUCUUCAACGUGCUGCUGGUGUGUCUGAUCUUCUGGCUCAUAUUCAGCAUCAUGGGAGUUAACCUGUUUGCUGGGAAGUUCUACCGCUGCAUUAAUACCACCACGUCUGAACUUUUCCCCAUGUGGGAGGUCAAUAACCAUAGCGACUGCUUGCUCCUCCAAGAGGCAACGCAGGAGGCCCGCUGGGUCAAUGUCAAGGUCAACUAUGACAAUGUGGGACAAGGCUACCUGUCACUGCUUCAAGUGUCAACUUUUAAAGGCUGGAUGGACAUCAUGUAUGCUGCUGUUGACUCAAGAGAGGUAGAGGAGCAGCCUUCUUAUGAGAUCAACCUCUACAUGUACAUUUACUUUGUCAUCUUCAUCAUCUUUGGCUCUUUCUUCACACUCAACCUCUUUAUUGGUGUCAUUAUUGACAAUUUCAACCAACAAAAGAAAAAGUUUGGAGAUAAAGACAUCUUUCUGACUGAGGAGCAAAAAAAGUACUAUGAGGCCAUGAAGAAACUUGGUUCCAAGAAACCGCAGAAGCCAAUUCCACGUCCAACGAACCCAAUCCAGGGAUUGGUGUUUGACUUCAUUAGCCAGCAAUUCUUUGACAUCUUCAUCAUGGUGCUCAUCUGCCUCAACAUGGUGACGAUGAUGGUGGAGACGGACAACCAAAGUGCAGAGAAGGAAGAUUUCCUUUUUAAAGUGAACGUGGCUUUCAUUGUCGUGUUCACCGGAGAGUGUUCGUUGAAGCUCAUUGCCCUGCGACAAUACUUCUUCACAAACGGAUGGAACGUUUUUGACUUUGUUGUGGUCAUCUUGUCAAUAGCCGGUACAAUGCUCUCAGACAUCAUUGAGAAGUAUUUUGUGUCACCAACUCUGUUCAGAGUCAUCAGACUAGCAAGAAUAGGCAGGAUUCUGCGUCUUAUCAAAGGAGCCAAGGGCAUUCGGACGCUUCUCUUUGCCCUAAUGAUGUCACUUCCCGCCCUAUUCAACAUUGGCCUCUUGCUCUUCCUCAUUAUGUUCAUCUUCUCCAUAUUUGGCAUGUCAAACUUUGCCUAUGUCAAAAAGGAAGCUGGAAUCGACGAUAUAUUUAAUUUCGAGACGUUUGGUGGCAGUAUUAUCUGCUUGUUUGAGAUCACGACCUCUGCCGGCUGGGAUGCACUUUUACUUCCAAUGCUGGAUAAGGAGUUCCCAGAUUGUGAUCCAAAUUUUGAGAACCCAGGCACGGAUGUAAAGGGCAACUGCGGCAAUCCGCUCAUGAGCAUGGCAUUCUUCUGCAGCUACAUCAUCGUCUCAUUCUUAGUGGUGGUCAACAUGUACAUCGCCAUCAUCUUGGAGAACUUCAACGUGGCGCAGGAGGAGAGCGGAGAUGCGCUCUGUGAGGACGAUUUUGAGAUGUUCAAUGAAACUUGGGAAAAGUUUGACUUGGACGGAACUCAGUUCAUUGAGUAUAGCCAGCUCUCAGAUUUCUGUGAUACCUUGCAGCCGCCACUGAAGGUUGCCAAGCCCAACCGAAUUCCCUUAAUGGCAAUGGAUCUGCCCCUGGUCAUCGGGGACAGGAUCCACUGCCUGGAUGUCCUGAUGGCCGUCACACAGAUGGUCUUGGGAGACACGCUGGAGAUGGCGGCGAUGCGGGAAAGCAUUGAGGCCAAGUUCAUCCUCAGCAACCCAACCUCAGACUCCUUUGCGCCAAUUACCACAACGGUGCGCCACAAAGAAGAGGAGAUGGCCGCUGUGGUCGUUCAGAGGGCUUACCGCAAACACCUGCUGAAACGCUGCACGCGCCACGCCGCUUUUAUGCAACGAUGUAAGAGGAAGGGUCAAAAGGACGAAGGUGAAAAUCCUCUAGAGAAAGAGGGAAUGCUCGCACGAAGGAUGGGGGUGCUCUAUGGCAGCAAAUUGGACCUUGCAGAGGAGAUGGAGCAGGCUGAUAUAGAAACUCUAGCAAACCAACAGCCUUCUAAUCCAGAGACACUUUCAGAUGACACAGAGUCCCAAAGUGACACAGAACCCCCCGAGCCAAAUGUAAUUGUUGUACCUGUAGAAAUAACAAAUGAGGUUUUAUUACAUUCUGCCCCUGACCCAUACCUCUUUUACCUACAUGCAAAUCUGAAAGAGACAAUUGUAUGACAGAAGACAAUUUAUAAUGUCCUCCUCCUGUUUUUCCGCAACCAAGAAAGGUGUGUCACUAGUUGAAUUUUCCACAUAAGAUGUUACACAGUGCUAAUGAAUCUUUAAACAUGCUUAUGCAUCUUAAACAUUAAUUAGUAUUUUAUAAUUGGAACUAACAAACAAUCCCUGUUCUUAAAACAAUAUGCUGGUGUCUUAUUGGGUUAAAGAUGCAACUGGAGUACAUGGAUUCUUUUGAUAAUAGACCAUAAAGCUAUUAGCAAAUUUAACCACAAACCAUUGGUCCCCAAAAACCAUUUAGUAUGAUUUGAGAAGAAAAAAAAAGAAGUCUUCUGAUUUGUCUAAAAAGUCUUAAAAGCUAUACUGUUCUGGCAGUACAUAUUACACAGUAGGCUACAUGACAAAUCUUACUUGUGUUUAAAUUCCCAACUUUUAGACACAUUUACAAAAAUGCUCACCCAAGACUAGUAUAACAAGAAAAGCUGUCUUUUUAGCCAAAAAUGUGAUGUUCUCUGUAGGUAGGAAUUAAAAAAGUUCAGUUGCAUGCACAAAUGGAUUAUCGCUCAAUCAGAAGAAUACCUAUUCAUUAGCUAAAUUACUCAAAAUAUCCAAAAUCAAGCAAAGUUCCUACUUAAUUUAAGUCACUUUUAUGUGGAAUCUCAACAAUGUGAUAGCCCAACAUGCUUAUUCUUUCAAUUAAACAUUGAGUUAGUUUUGUACAUAUAUCUGAAAGAUAAGGCUUAUCUUGAUCACAUUUAUCCCAGUUAUACUUUAUAAGUUAACAAUAACAUGGGCCGGCUAAUGCGUUUAACAGGCCCAGUUUAUAUUGCACUAUUUAUAUCCCUUCCAGGUCAAGUUAGAGCAGUUUUAAGACCUUCCUGUUUUCUAAGAUAAUUUCCUCCCUGAUUUAUGCAUGUCAUAUCAACGUUUGUCCAUUCUUUUGUUGUUCCCCUCAAAUAGAUCUCAACCACUGAAACAAGCCGCUUGUUUUCCGUUUAGGUAUUUAGACUAAUACACUUUGACACUUAACGUAAGAUGUUGUGUUUACAUGAACGGCUUCCUGUUAAGCUAUAUCGUUCUUUUAUAGAAGAAUAAUUCUAGCUAACAGUAUACAUUUUAAAUUAAGGUUUGCCUCAGGUUGGAUGAAGUUAGACCUGAUGUUAAAUGAUUUUAUGAAACAAAGCUGAGUGUUGGUUUAGUUGAAUACACAACUCUGAAUUUAUUGGAAUACGCAUCACACCUAUUUGCAUAUUUACCCCAAAAAUCUGGACGAUAUGUUCUUGAAGUCCGUCCCAGCAUGGAAAGAAUGCUUCACUUGCUGUUGUGUAAGUCUUAACCUAAUCUAAAACGUCUUACUCUGAAUAUACAUGAUCAACAAAAGCACUUUUACAGUUUUCUAGUUUGUUUUUUUACAAUAGACUUUAGCAGGUUGUCUCUUCUCCUGUUUAUGUGUUCAGCACUGUUUUAACAUCAACCCUGGGGGGUUAAUAAAUCAUGAAGUCUCCUUAAGUCUCCUCUGAUGGUACGGUACAAUUCACAACCCAGUAUCCUCCUUUUGUUUACACUACUAAUGGAGGCAGUGCGUUACUGUUACACACAGUCAGUGUUGCCUGUAUAUACAUUGUUUUCUUUAUUGUAUAUUUAUAUCAUUUUGUUAUUUUGAAAAAUGUUACUAUAAUGUGAAAAAUAAAAUACUUCUUAUAG